ACGGUCAAAUUGGUAGCUUUAACGACUUUUUCUUAUUCUAGAACUGCUAUCCACCAAGUUUUGCAUGAUUUCCUCUCAAACCAUUCUUUACUAUAUAUAUAAUAUUUUCUCACUUUUUCACAUUAACCAUCUUUCUCUUCCACAAACGAUUUUCGUUUUCUAUAUCAAAAAUCUCUUCGCUUUUCUUGGAAUGGCCCUCAAAUUACGUUCCCUUUUUUCAAGAUCAGAAGGAUCAUUCAAAGAAAAGAGCGAAAAUUUGGUUAAGAGCUCAAGAAUGUCAGUGCGAGAGGAGGAUGGUAUUGAUAAUAUAGGGUCUAAGUUUACGCCACUGUCUGCGGUGGCAGACGCGUUCGACGAGCUCUGUGCGAGGGUGAACGACGAUAGCUUUGAUGGUGAUCUCGAUUUAAAGAGCUUCUGCGAUGCAUGCUCUCUCGUCUCGGUUCUCUUUGGCUGUCUUGGCACUGCCUUCAAAUUUGCUGAGUUAGAGUAUUGUUCUAAGGUGGGUGGACUUAAAGGAGCAGUAAAAACCCAUUUAACAUUAAACAGAAUAAUAGAUUAUGAUAUAAAACAGGAGACGGUUAGGACAGCAGGAAGUCUUUCUCGUCAGCUCCGAAGAGUGAGGCAGGGCAUUGAUCUCAUCGCAACUCUGUUCCAGAAUUUCCUCUCUUCAGAUGAUCCGAGUUUGAAAGAAGCUGCAUCAUCGGCUUAUGCAAAAACGUGCGCCCCCUACCACACGUGGGCUGUGAGAACCGCUGUUUCAGCUGGGAUGUAUGCUCUUCCUACAAGAGAACAGCUGCUCCUCAAACUCAACGAAACUCACGAAUCAGCGGAGAGGGAAAUGAAAAGAUUCAUCAAAGCCUCAACUCCGAUCAUAGAAUACAUUGACAAGCUCUACACCGUAAGAAAUAUCAGCUUGGAUUGGUGAGGCGUCGAGCUUCCUCAUCACUGCUCUGGAUUUGAAACCGGCAAUUUUUUGUGCAGAAUUCUGCUUAUAGAUAGAGAUAUUAUGAGUAGAACUAACAGUUGAGAUGUCCAUUUACUAGUGUGACCAAAUGGUACGUGUAUAUAUAUGCAAUGUUAUACCAUUAUAACAACAGCGACUUAUGUUAA